AUGAACGGCUGCCCGAGUUGGCGCGCGGCCGAACCCGUGCCCGGCAUCGAGCCUCAGACGCCAGUCUCUCCUCGCCGGGAUCAAACGAGCGUGGCUCCACAGAGGGAAAACGGCGCUUUCCACUCUCUGGCCGUGGAUGCUCAGCGCUAUCGAGCCCCUUCUUCCCAACUCGGACGCAGACUCGCCUCACGUUUUCCUGGCGACGAUAUGGGUGCACACAGCCCCGAGGCAGGCGGCGUCUUACGCGAGAGAGGCGCCGAGGAACCGUAUGCCAUUUCCUUCAAGCGAAAUCGACAAACUCAGGCCGCCAACGGGGCUACUGGGUCUGCUGAGAGGCACGGCGAUUUGACAAGCAAAAGUUUGAUGCAUGCGACCGCGGCUGCUCCGCGGUGUCCCCUCAGAGAACUCGACAGCUGCGUCUCUGUCUCCUCGCACAUCAGAUCGCUAACAUUCCACAAGCAAGUACGCGAGUGGAUAAUACUUGAGUCGUCGAGCUUCAACGGCGCUCCACACAACGACAGGUCAGACGAUGAACCAACCCGUUUCCUGUUUCCCUCUCCUCUCUCUUCCUUUUCAUCUUCUUUCUCCCCCGCGCUUUCUUCGUUUUCCUCUCUUCUUGGUCACGUCGCUCCGGCGUCUCCAGCUUUUGAGUCGGCAGGUGGAGGGGAACCUCGUCGCCAUGCACCACUCAACGAAGCCUCUUCUUCCUCUCCGUGUCCAGUCGCCUCCGGCGUAAAAGCAUCCACGGAGAAUUUGGAGCUUCCAGAGACUCCUGGCGCCUAUGCUGCUUCCUCUUGUGCGCAUGUGCCUGGAUCCGCCGUCAGCCCGGAAGAGAAAGACGCGGUCGAUCUCGCCGCCCUCGCGCACUUGCGCACGCAGCUAGUUGGACUCCUCGCGCGGGCGACGCCGACCGAGAGAGAGGCGCUUCGAAGAGGCCUGCACGCUGCCGGGAAAGACCAAGGGCUGCGCCUGGACCAGACUGAUUGGCUCUACCUUUCGGUUCUCUUUCAAGUGCCUGCCUUUCUGCAGACUGCAACUCGAGCGACUGGAGCUCGCCGACCGCGGGACGAGCCCAGAGAGCGCGACAAGCUGAAACAGCCACAGUGUGGAAACAGUGAGGAGGGAGAAGGCGACACGGAACAAUCGAGCGGUGACGUGGCUGCGCAUGCAACGACGGCAGAGAGACGGAGAACCGUGCUUAAACAGAAUGGGACAGAGCAGGAUGGCAGCGAGAGGAAGGGAGGCGAAAGGGUGACGGAGGCAGACCCUCGCGGGGGCCCGAAUCUCUGGGAACGUUGGGGAGAACACAACUGCGAGUCGAUUUUGUCCGCGCAAGGAAGAGCCGUUCUCGGUGCUGUACGUACACUCCAACAGUGGGCGCUCUCUCACCCUCUCGACUGCCACGCUGGUUCCCCUGUUUGCUCUUCUCGCUCUUUGCCUCUUCACCAAACCGUCGCGUGGCUUCUCCAGGCUGCUCUGGAGCUUCUCGCGCACGAGAGCGAGGCAAGGUUGGAGCGGAAGGGAGAGAGAGAGGCGAGCAGCUGGUGCGAAGAAAAAGAAAACGGCGCCCCCGGAGAAAGGAGAGGGGCGGGAGUCUGCGGUCAGUUCUGCGCCGGGGAAGACGGACUAGGCCUCGCCGACGGCAGGAGCGGGAGAAGAGAAGCGUCUGCCAUUCCUUUUGUUGCACGGGGAUCCGAAAGAAACAGAGAAGGGCGGCGGGUUUCCUUGGCACUUCUCCAGCGCCUCUUCUUCUGGACGGCCAGUCCCCACCCGCCCUUGCAAGCUCUCGCCUUUUCCAUUUGGAGGCAGAUCGGACUCUCGACGCAUUUCCUUUCCCUGUCGCUCCCCGCUCGUUCGCCGUGUGUCGACGCUUUAGAGUCUUGGAGGAAGGGCGGGCACCCUCCCACGGGAGGCGCAUGCGGGUCUGUGGAGCGAGGAGACUCGGCCACGAGCCGACCUGGAGAAGACGGAAACCAGGGUGUUUUCAGGGUGUCCGAGGCAGGCGGUCUCCCGCUUGGGAGGGCGGGACAGGAGACACACGCGCUGGAGAAGAACGCAGAGAGAGGGGUCAACGCGCGAGAACUGCGUCGCGUUUUUCUCCUAGGCAGGGCGUCCAUGCAUCUUCUCGACUGUCUCUUCCUGCUGGCCACACGAGCCCCGCAGUGGGGUGUACUGGCGACUAACGAGGAUCUAGGAAACAAGACGGAAGGCGAACAGAGAGACCAGGUACAUGGAGACGGCGGAGCUCCUUGCGCGCCACCGGGCGUUCGCUCUCAGGGGAAAACGAUGGGGACGAAGAGAGGAGACAAGGAAGAGGCCGAAGUUCUUCGAGGCACCGAGGCGCGUUCUCUCUCUCCUCUCCUUCUCCAGUUCGCGCCCUCGCUGUCCCAGCUGCAUCUUCUGCAGUGCCUCGGCGCUGCGCUGGAGAUUGCCAGCGAGGAGGCUCGGAGAGAACUCCUCGCUAAGCGCUUGCUGCCCUACGCCGUCCGUACCAUCUCCUCUUUGAAGCAUGGGGCUCCCUCUCGAGCACCCGAAGGCGAGAACGCGGGAGGCGAUACAGACCAAGAGGGGCAAGAAGGAAACGAAGGAGGCGGAAAAGAGAGUGCGCCCGAGCGAAAGACAGGCCGUAUCGUCGAACAGCGCAGGCUGCCAGAGAGAGCCACUUCGGUGCUCAUGCUGCUGGAGAUGCUUCAGAGCCUUCCAGCCUCUUUUCUUGCUUGCCCAGGUCGCCUCCAGAGCCGAGGGAAGCAAGAUUCGAAAGUGAACAAGACGCCCAGCUUUUCUCGCUCGUGUGAGGACACCUCUAAGGAGAAUGGCUGCGACCUUCCGUCUCCAUGUGUUUCCUCGCAGCAGGGCGGCGGGGCGGCAGAUCUUGCCGACGGCUCUCCGGGGUGUACAGACACCUUGAUGGGGUGUAUGGACAGCCUGCUAGAGGCGCUACUCGAGAUAGCGUUUGACCGAGCGAUCGCCCAACAAAAUCGGCAGACGGCAAGUCGGAACGAGCUCCUCAACGGGCUCUCCGCUUCACUCCAACGAAGAAUCGACACCACACUUAAGAGGACUCGGGAAGGGGCGUCGUACCUCCGCUCCCGCCCUCACAGCGAAACGCCUUCCUCUCCGUCUUUGCUGGGGUGCCAGAGUCCGGUCUCUGCUUUUUCCCGAAAGUCCCCGAUCCCAGACGCUUCCGAAGGCACGAAGCAUUUGAGCGGAAAUGGAGACGCGCCUCCAGCAAACGGGUCCACAGCGGCGGACGUGCGCGUGAUGGAGAAAGUGAGGAAUUUGCUGAGCCCGGAUCGCGUGUGCGAGGCCCUCCGAGGUGUACAUACACCUGAAGUCGAUGAAGAGCGGAUCGCUGUGGAGCUCGUGUGUCGCUUUUGCACUUCCGCGCUCCGCUGGAGAGACAGCAGCCGGCUGCCCGGAUGCAUUGUGUCUCGCCACUCUGUCGAACUUGCGUCCUUCCUCGAGCACUAUCUCUGCAGUCCGCAACACGUCGCUCGAGGCUUCCUGUCGCCAGCGUUUUGCAGCGGGAGAGUUAGAGGGGAACCCGGCCAGCGAAAAGGCGGAGACGAACGCAGCAGAGGCACAACGACCUCUCUCCUCUUCGCCGCCGCCCUCGCCGUCUGCUGCUGCGCCUCUGUGGGGCACGACAGCCAGGAAGAGCGCGCAGCCGAGACCGCAGGCGCCCGACGAGCGGCGAAAGAGGGCGAAGACUCGACGGAAGAUCUGAACGGGCGGGGAGCCGGAGACAGAGAGAGCAGCACAGAGAGACACAUCGAGAGACUGUGGUGGGUGAUCGAGGGAGGCCUAGGGCCGAUGCUUCGCAGACGGCCGGACUUUCUUCUUCGCGCUCUGAUGAACGCGAUCGUGUUCUUGGGCACGGACGGCCGAGGCACCUGCCGUCUGCUUCCGCGCCUGCUUCGCGCCUCGGAGGCCGCCGCAACGCUGCUCGAGGCGUCUGGCCCUCUCCUACCGCUUCGAACUCUCCGCGCAUGCAUUUCGGUUUUCCAAAACGCCUCCGGAGAGGUGCGCCCUUCUGCGCGCUGGAGCGCACCUUCCGACCCCACACAGGUCGCCUCUUCCGCCGACAAGAUGCCGGCUGGCGCGUUGUCUCUGUCUCCGGCAGGGGUCAAAGACGGGAAGGAGACUGGACUCCUCGGAGGCGCGGGAAAGCAUCUGGAGAGCCACGGAGACACCGGGGCAGGGAGCGGAGGAGUUGGAUCAGCUGAGAGGCAGGAAGAGCGGAGAAAACUCACUCAGUGUGUUUUGAGGCACGCGGAGGCUGCUCUCCGUCGGGGUGCCCUGGCUGCCUGGCGAGAGGAGCCGGAGUGGGAAGAAGAGGAGCGGAAGCGCGAGAGGCCGCUGGACGAGGGCGUGGAUUCCGCAGACUCGGGACAAGAUGCGAGGCGAAGAAGGACGGGGACAGAAGAGACCAAGGCGCGGGAAGUGGCGAGACUGCGCAGGCAGGCGUCCAGCGACGACGCGAGCGCCACAGGAGGCCGUGGAAGCGAUGCGUCUAACUGCCCCAGUCGCAGAGACGAGAAAGAGGAACAAGAGACAGAGAUGGAAGAGGACGAAGAGGAAGGCAAGGGGAGAUCGAGAGGCGAGCCUGUUUCGCGGAAAAGACGAGGAGAGAAGGCAGAGAGAGAAGACUUCCUUCGCUCCGUCUUGAGGCGACUCGGCAUGGCAGCUCGACAGGUCGAAGAACACCACGGAUUCGCAGCCCUUGAACUUCGAGACUGCGUUGCUCUGCUCGACGAGGAGUUUCUAAGCGCCAGGUCGUAG